UCUUCUUUAGAUUCCCUUCUCUUGUUUCAUUCAUGAAGAGAAACCAUUCCUUCUCAUUCGCACGCAAUCCCUAUAAACCUUAUCUUUUCCUUUUUCUUCUUCUUGUUUUCAUGGCCUGUGUAAGCGAUGACAGUUGGGCUUCCCUUACUCAGGUGCUCACCGGUGGGUUAUCUCUCAAAGAAAGGGAAGACGGUGGGAGAGGUCGAGGGAACUCCGUGAAGUUCCCGUUCGAGAAGGUGUUUCCAGUUUAUGCAAUGGACGUUUCCAAGGCUGACUCCGGCUCUGUUGUGGACUCGGGUGGUGACCCGAUUUGGGACGCCGUGAGAGAGGAAGCCAAGUUGGAGGCAGAGAAGGAACCAAUUCUAAGUAGCUUCUUGUACGCUAGUAUCCUGUCACAUGAUUGUUUAGAGCAAGCAUUGGCGUUUGUCCUUGCCAAUCGGCUCCAAAAUCCAACACUGUUGGCAACUCAACUGAUGGAUAUAUUUCAUGAUGUUAUGAUGCAUGAUACAGACAUUCAACGAGCAAUACGUCUGGAUGUGCAGGCAUUCAAAGAGAGAGAUCCUGCCUGCUUGUCAUAUUGCUCAGCCCUAUUGUAUUUUAAGGGAUACCAUUCUUUGCAAUCAUAUCGAGUAGCACAUGCAUUGUGGAAGCAAGAUAGGAAAAUAUUGGCUUUGGCAUUGCAAAGCAGAAUUAGUGAGGUUUUCGGAGUUGACAUACAUCCAGCUGCAAGAAUUGGAGAGGGAAUAAUAUUGGAUCAUGCAACAGGUGUUGUUAUUGGUGAAACAACUGUUGUUGGAAACCGUGUCUCAUUGAUGCAUGGUGUGACUUUGGGAGGGACGGGGAAAGAAAUUGGAGAUCGCCAUCCAAAAGUAGGUGAUGGUGCACUCCUUGGGGCCUGUGUGACUAUACUUGGGAACAUCAAAAUAGGUGAAGGUGCAAUGCUUGCUGCUGGUUCGUUAGUGUUAAAAGAUGUCCCUCCACAUAGUAUGAUGGCCGGAACACCUGCACGGGUAAUUGGAUUCAUAAAUGAGCAAGAUCCCUCAUUGACCAUGAAUCAUGAUGCUACCAAAGACUUCUUCCAGAACAUAGCUGUUGGUUUAAGAGAGGAAAAGUCCAAUGGGUCAUUGGAUCAAGAAAAUAAGGGCAAUAAUGCUUGAGGCACUGGAGAGAUCUCAUUCAUCAAGAUUUGACCAUCUAUCUCGUUGUAGAGGGUCAUACUUUAUACAGUUAUUUAGAGAAAAAUUGUAAACAAAUAAUCACAUAGUUUUCAUAAUUGCCAAUAAGGCUACAACCAUGGCUAACUGCUUCAUAUCAUUGGAUGAACUAUGAAACGACAUUUAUUUUUUCCAGUGAAUUUAACCCUG